AUGGCAUCGCUGGCUACACAUUUCACGGCGUCCCUCUUCCUGUGCCCCGUCGGCAUCCGCCGCCUCCUCUGCUCCGUCUCCCUCUUUCUGAAAAGCCCAGUCCUCUACAGAUCACGAAUUUGGUACUUCUCAGAACCCAAGUGGAAAAACUUUGAUCUUUACGCGCUCCUCGUAUCCCUCCCGAUCGCGUCUUUUUCUAACAUUUUCAUUUUCCUCGCAUUUUCCGAGAACCCCACCUUCAGAUUCUUCUUCUUGCAGCAGUCUUUAGUUGUUUUCUCAUUCUGGGCACUCUUGAUUUUCAUCAUUCUUAGAGAAAGUUUUGGUCUUUUCUCGAUUCCUGAGAAUGUCGUGUUCAUAUUUGCUGGCAUUGCCUUCAUAAUCGAGUCUUACUUGUCUGACAGAGGUAUCAUAGGCCUUGGUGGGUGGAUUUACGGUAUUUUGGAUGGUUUGGCCGUUUUCUGUUCUGCCUGUUGCGUUUAUUUAUCCAUUAGGCCUUCGGCUUUCUUUGCCGAGUUUUUAUUAUCUUCCGGCAUUGUCUUGAAGGGAACUUGGGUUCUGCAAGUGGGUUUGUCUUUGUACACUGAUGCAUUUGGCUUCAAAGGGUGCCAUAAAAUUUCGGGGGAGAAUCUUGGAAAAGGGGAGUUUGAUGUGAAGUGUGAGCUUGAGGAUGAUAUGUGGAGGGCAUGGCUUUGA